GGAUAAUUUUGAUUAUCUAACACGUGACUGGUCCAUUCUUGGUCCUCAUCAUCUGGAUGAGUUCGUGCGCCUUUGGAGCGAGUAUGAUCCGGACGCUAAGGGGCGCAUUAAGCAUCUGGAUGUGGUAACAUUACUGCGUAAAAUCUCACCUCCACUCGGCUUUGGUAAACUUUGUCCCCACCGAGUGGCCUGCAAACGAUUAGUAUCCAUGAACAUGCCACUGAAUAGUGAUGGAACAGUGCUUUUCAAUGCGACAUUGUUUGCAGUAGUUCGGACAUCGUUGAAGAUCAAAACUGAGGGUAACAUUGAUGACGCAAAUGCAGAAUUGCGGACUACGAUCAAGCAAAUAUGGAAACGGACCAAUCCGAAGCUUUUAGAUCAGGUGGUACCUCCGCCAGGCGUUGAUGAUGAAGUAACUGUCGGCAAAUUCUACGCAACGUUUCUGAUACAGGACUAUUUUCGUCGUUUCAAAAAACGCAAGGAAAAUGACAAUAAGCUUAGCAGCGAUCAAAAUAAACGACGCACAAUGACACUUCAAGCAGGCUUACGUACACUACAUGAAGCAGGUCCCGAACUGAAGCGGGCAAUAUCGGGAAACUUAGAGGAUACCGGGGAUGAUAAUCCGGAACCUUCACACCGACGCAAUCACACCCUUUUCGGUAAUGUUUGGUCUUCGAUUCGCCGACCGGGUCCUUUCGGAACCAAACAAAAAUGGAGUGGAAAUCAUAAAAUGUCUGCCACAUCGGCUGCUGCCUCGGCGGCCAUGCAUACCGUUCUGUCUGGAACAAAUGAGAACCAAAAGCAUGAACCUUCAAAACCGAAAGUCAAUGCUGUGCAUAGUGGAGGCGUAGGCUACAGUCACAUUGCUGAGAGCAUUCUGCAUGCUGUACACGAUGAUCCAUUGGCAAACAGCUACGGAAACGGCAUGAAUGCAACGAAUGGUGCAGCCUCCAGUGACAUUCCACUGCGGCCGCUAGUACUGUAUGAUACGACGAUUAACCGGGGACCAACCAAUACUAUCAGCGUCGAUAUUGGUCCGCAGAAUGUCUCCGCAAGAGGAGAUGCCAGUGCUCACAUAGAAAAUAUGGAUAAGGUUCGAUUAAUUCAUUCUACACCGAGCAGCCCACAUGAAGUUCACAGACCCGCUUCAAAUGUAAUUGGAUCAGCCGAGAGUCUAGUUGGAAGGGUGCUAGCACAACAAGGACUUGGUAAAUAUUGCGACCUAGAUCUUGUACACUGUGCCCAAAUGGAAAUGCAAGAAGCUCUCGAUAUGACACAAGAGGAAAUGGAUCUAGCUGCUCAUGAGCUAAUGCUGGAGGAACGCUUCAAUAGGAAAAAUGGAUCUAACGCAAGAAGCAACCCUCGGCGUGGGGUUAACACCAGUGUUAACAAGAAUGUGUCACCUCAAUUAUAGCAGAAAUUGGACUUAACACGACAGUUUUUCUUGAGAUGCAAUCUACGGCUGAUAAAAUUGCAGCUUUCAUUCUUCCUUAGUUCGUCGACAAAAGAACCUAUACGAUAGCAAGUGUUCAAAGUCAUUUGAGGUAUCGUAUAGUUGCAACAUUCAAACGCAUGUGAAAAUAUAAAAUUAUACACAUAAAAAUGAAUAAAAAAGACUAAACCACCCAACAUAAAACAUGUCACAUACAUUUGCAUAGGUAUAACAUUUUACCGAUAAAAAGCUAGCAGUCACAAUCGAUAAUGAUGUAUCAGAUAGAUCCUUUAACUGAGGGAAGCUGGGGAUCCAAUAAUGCACUACAAUGGAAUCAAAGUCCAGGUCGACCAAACAUCCCUAUUAGAAUAAACAUCUGCGUGGAUCCUUCAUGUGUCUGAAUUAAAUGCAGAAAAUGAUGAACUUUUUACCGCAAUAAAAAGGGAGAGGAGCUGUUUAGCGAAUGAAGCAAACGAGAUUCACUGUACGUUUAAAAUUGAUGAUGGCCAAACAAAGUUUGACUGAUAUAUAGAAAAAUCUUCUAUCCUUGGUUGUUUUAUUCGGAAUGUUCUGAAUAUUAAUAGUUAGUUUACUGUCUUGGUUAAUAAAACCCUUGUAACUGCCAACAAAAUUUACGCCUUUUAUAAGACCAUUACCUCAAAAGCAAAUACCAGCUAUCUCGUUUAAUAUACUUUGUUACCCUCUUCUGUGCGAUCGAUUGCGAUGAUUUAAAUAAAGAAAACGUGAA